GUCACGGGGUAAACAUCAUGUAAUGAAUAAAGAAACCGACGCUGAACAGACAACAGUUUGGGUGGAAUCUAAUGAAAAUGGGUCACUGUGUUUUUCUUAUUUUAGCGGCUUUAUUCUCUGUCACAUCGACACAGUUCAUACCGCCGUAUACAGAAGAGUGCCGCUCAGAAAUGUACCCACCAAACGGCCCCACGUUCAGAGGAGCUGUCAGCUGGUACACAGUGGACCUCGACUUACCACCCAGCAAGAGAUGGACGACUCUGAUCAACGACAAAAAAACAGAUUUGGCCAGCAUGAUUCAGGCCAUCAAAGACUUGGCUAAUGCUUUUGUGCCCAGUGGAACGCUGAUAGAGCUUGUUGACAUUACACUGCCUUUGAUGGUGGACACACUCCCAGAUCCUUUCAGUGAGGAAAUCAAAGGAAUUGCCACAGCUUCAGGGAUUCCUCUUGGUGAAGUUGUUUUGUUCAACAUCUUCUAUGAGGUGUUCACUGUGUGCACGUCAGUAGUUGCAGAAGAUAGUAAAGGUAACCUCGUUCAUGGCAGAAAUCUGGAUUUUGGAUUAUUUUUGGGCUGGGAUGUGAAAAACAAGUCAUGGAUCAUUAGUGAGAAGCUGAAGCCUCUAGUGGUCAACCUCGACUUCAAGAGAAAUAACCAGACUGUCUUCAAGUCCACAAACUUUGCUGGAUAUGUUGGCAUGCUGACCGGCAUCAAGCCUCACGUUUUCACUCUGACUAUGAACGAACGCUUCAGUCUAGAUGGAGGAUACGUUGGAAUCAUGGAGUGGAUCCUGGGGAAGAGAGAUGGGAUGUGGAUGAGCUUUCUCACUCGCUCUGUACUAGAAACCGCUAACAGCUACGAGGAGGCCAAAAAGCGCCUGGCUCAGACGAAGCUGCUCGCUCCAGCCUACUUCAUCCUGGGGGGAAACCAGACAGGCCAAGGCUGCAUCAUCACCCGCUCCAGACUGCUCAGCAUUGAUUUGUUAGAGAUUGACCUGAAGCUGGGCCGGUGGUAUGUCCUGGAGACAAACUAUGACCACUGGGAGGAGCCUUUUUUCCUGGACGAUCGCAGAACUCCAGCCAUGAAGUGUAUGAACCAGACCACACAGAAGAACAUCUCUCUAAAGACCAUGUACAAUGUGCUGUCUACCAAACCGGUGUUAAACAAGUUGACCACAUACACAACACUGAUGCAAGUGUCUGAAGGCAGACUUGAGUCGUAUAUCCGUGACUGUCCUAACCCCUGCAUGCCAUGGUGAUACUCUAAUCAGUUUGGAAAUGCUUAGCUGCUCCCAGAGGCAGUGAGUAAGACAAGCUCAGCUGAUCAGGGGACAAAACAUUUGAUAGUUCCUCUAAGUGUUUGCACAACAACUAAUCUCCUGAACCAAAGUUUGACAUCUCCCCAGUGUCAUUUUGACAUUUGUCUUCUCCUUUUUAGACCAUUCAGGAAAACUUAAAGCUUUGUAAAUACUAAAUCCUGCUUUAUUCUGUGGAGGGAAAUUGGUACAAAAGUGAAUCAAACCUGUAAAUGUUUUCGCUUUCAUUUUUACUGUAAGUGUAUAUGGAUCUCAACACAGGCCUAGGGACCUUGAGAGGAGUGCACGUGUAAUUAAAUUAAUGCAAACAUUUAGUAAAUUUCUCAAAUGCUGCCCAUGCUCACUAUUUUGUCCCUGCACACUAUGAGUGUUAGAAGGCUCUGCUUUAGUUUUUUUUUUUUUUUUGCUUCCCAAAUCUGGGUUUCACACAGCUGAAAAGGUUGAGAACAGCUCAGUUACAGGUACUGUCUCACCACGACUAACCAUUUAACACAAUACUGAUAAUUGUACCUCAUUGCUGACCAUUAUCUUAAAAACAACAAGAUGUUAUUAAAAUGAUUGACAAAUUCA